AUGAAACUUAAGGAGCUCGAGGCAGAGCUGCAGCCGCUGAAAGGCUUCGAGACGCCGAAGCGCGAGUUCGAGCAAUAUGUUACUUCCGCUCACCUCGCCUCGCGCAUGAUCUACACGGCUGCGACCUCGUUCGACGACAUCGACGAGAAGGAUGUACUGGAUCUGGGCUGCGGAUGUGCGAUUUUGAGCAUCGCGAGCGUGAUGAUGGGUGCAGGUUCCGUCACAGCGGUCGACAUCGACCCUGAUGCAUUAGUGGUUGCGCGAGAGAACAUCGCCAGCGUCGAGAUGGAGGAGCACGUCGAGUUCAUCCACGCGGAAAUCGCACCAGCUGGCUCGAAGCCGACGAGCGAGGACGUGCCCGUCUUUGACCCUAAGGCCCUGGGGAAGAAGUUUGAUACGGUCGUCAUGAACCCGCCUUUCGGUUCUUGGAAGAAGGGGAUUGACAUGGUGUUCCUGGAGACGGCAUGUCAGCUCGCCGAGCACGCGGUCUACUCGCUCAACAAGACGAGCACACGCGAGUUCAUCCAGCGGAAAGCUAAGGUGUUCGGUUUCGAGGGGACGGUCAUUGCGGAGAUGCGGUACGACCUGCCGAAGACGAUGGCGUUCCACAAGCAGAAGAGCGUCGACAUCGAGGUCGACAUGUGGCGGUUCGAGCGGAUACAGAAGUAG